CCCGCAGUUUUUAUGCCAUACCCGAGACGCACGCACGUACGACUAAAAUAAGUAAUAUGUCGCGGUAUUUUGCGUUCUUCGCGCUCGUCGCGCUCGCGGCGGCCUACCCGGCCAGCGACGACUUCCCUCGCCCCAUCACAACAAUAACUGAAUCGGACUUCGAAGACCAAUCGCCUUGGUUCCGAUUCCCACCUUUCGGAAACAUCUUCGCGCCGCUAACGAAACUGUUCUCAAGUUUUGCGGAGAUCGGACCGAAGAUCGAAAUUGACGAAGACAAAUUCCGUGUCAUCGUAAACGUUAAGGAUUACAAGAAGAAAGAUCUGAAAGUUAAAGUGAAAGGUGAUUACAUCCUCGUCCAAGGAGCGCACGAGGCUAAGCAUGACGACCACGACUUGUUCGCGAGCCAAUUCUUCCAUACGUACAGCCUUCCGUUGAAUGCUAGUGCAUCAGAUGUCACUGCUACUUUGUCUAGCGAUGGAUAUUUGGAUGUAACCGCUCCUGUGAAUGGUGUCGAUGACAAGAACAAGGUUGUUGAUAGAGAAGUGCCAAUAGUUGAAAGUGGCAAGCCGUUGAAAGAGGAUAAAGAAGAUAGAGAACCUGUUGUACCCGUCGCUAGUGCAGACCCAGUUGAAACUGUUGAUAAGACAGAAAAUGUUGAUAAAAUCGAAACUUUUGACACGCCAGUAGAACCUUUAGCUAAGGUCGAAAAUGCUGAUAAAGUUGAAAAUCUUGAACCACCCGUGGAACCGAGUGCCAAAGCUGAUAAUGUUGAUACGAUUGAAGUUCCAAAUGCACCAGUAGAACCUCUAGCUAAGGUCGAAAAUAUUAAUAAAGUUGAAAAUCGUAUCGCGCCAGAGGAACCUAUUACCAAUGUUGAAAAUGUUGAUAAAGUUGAAUCUCCCGCUGUACCAGAGGAGCCAGUGGCAAAGGUUGAAAAUGUUGACAAAGUUGAAACUCCCGAUGCACCAGUGGUGCCUGUUGCCAAGGAUGAAAAUGUCGACAAUGUUGAAACUCCCGACGUAUCAGUAGAACCUCUACCUAAGGUCGAUAAUGUCGAUAAAGUCGAACAACUCCCCGAAGUGACAACUGCAACAGCUUCUGAAGGUGAAGAAAAGACAGAGGCCCCGACGACCCAAGCGCCAGCACGUGAGGAGGUAAAAGAAGACAUCAAAGUCCCCCAGGACAACGAAGUAAACGAAAUCCAGCCCUAAAGUGAUAUAGAUUUAAGUAUGUAUUUAUAAAACAGUAUUGCAAUAAAUAUUUUUAAUACGA